UGCCAGCUGAAAUGGAGCCGGGUCUCAGUCACAGUAAGGUCAUACAAACUUGUUAUGCUACAUUCAAAGGUUGCUGUGAAGAACGAGGGUUUCAAUUGCGAGCCUUGUCAAUUCCCACCUCCCAUUAAGUGAAUUCCUGCUGCAAUUUACAUAUUUUGUACACUAUGACUGAAGGUGCAAUAGUGAAAGAGGGGUGGCUUCACAAACGAGGAGAAUACAUAAAAACAUGGAGACCCAGGUAUUUUUUGCUGAAAACUGAUGGUACAUUUAUUGGGUAUAAGGAGAGGCCACAAGAUAUAGACCAACUAGAGACACCUUUGAAUAACUUCUCUGUAGCACAAUGCCAGCUAAUGAAGACAGAACGGCCAAAAUCAAACACAUUCAUCAUUCGGUGUCUUCAAUGGACCACAGUAAUUGAAAGAACAUUUCACGUUGAUACCCCAGAGGAACGGGAAGAAUGGACAAAGGCAAUCCAAACAGUAGCAGAUAACCUUAAGCAAGAGGAUGAGAUCAUGGAUUACCAUCCAGAGUCUCCAAAUGACAAUUCAUGGACCGAAGGAAUGGACAUUUCUUGCACCAAACCAAAAUACAAAGUGACGAUGCAUAAUUUUGAAUAUUUAAAACUCCUUGGCAAAGGCACAUUUGGAAAGGUGAUUCUUGUCAAAGAGAAAGCCACUGGACGGUAUUAUGCCAUGAAGAUUCUGAAGAAAGAAGUUAUUGUAGCAAAAGAUGAAGUAGCACACACUAUAACUGAAAACAGAGUGCUACAAAAUUCUAGACAUCCAUUCUUAACUGCUCUGAAGUACUCUUUUCAAACAAAUGAUCGUUUGUGUUUUGUUAUGGAAUAUGCAAAUGGAGGUGAGUUAUUCUUUCACUUGUCAAGAGAACGUAUCUUUUCUGAGGAUCGUGCCCGUUUCUAUGGAGCAGAGAUUGUCUCUGCUUUGGAUUAUCUUCAUUCUGAGAAAAAUGUAGUGUAUCGAGAUCUUAAGUUGGAAAACCUUAUGCUAGACAGUGAUGGCCACAUUAAGAUAACUGAUUUUGGGCUCUGCAAAGAAGGUAUCAAGGAUGGAGCAACUAUGAGGACAUUCUGUGGAACUCCUGAGUAUCUUGCACCAGAGGUGCUGGAGGAUAAUGACUAUGGACGAGCUGUAGAUUGGUGGGGACUUGGAGUUGUGAUGUAUGAAAUGAUGUGCGGUCGCCUUCCCUUCUACAACCAGGACCAUGAAAAGUUGUUUGAGCUUAUUCUAAUGGAGGAGAUCAGAUUUCCACGUACUCUGUCACCGGAAGCCAAAUCUCUCCUCUCUGGGUUAUUGAAGAAGGAUCCUGAACAAAGGUUGGGUGGUGGCUAUGAUGAUGCAAAGGAAAUAAUGCAAGAUAAAUUCUUUGCUGGAAUCGAGUGGGAAGAUGUUUAUCAGAAAAAGCUUUGCCCACCAUUUAAGCCUCAAGUGACCUCUGAAAUGGAUACAAGGUACUUUGAUGAAGAAUUUACAGCACAGACUAUAACUAUCACUCCACCUGAUAGAGAUGGCAGUAUGGAAUCCAUAGAUAAUGAGAGAAGACCACAUUUCCCUCAGUUUUCUUACUCAGCCAGUGGAAGGGACUGAACUUGACAGUCUGCAAGAAACAAAGUCACUGCACAAAGAUGGAUUUUAAGCAUUUCUUGACAGAGAUGCAUAUGAAAGCUUAUUUGUAUCCAGUUGUUUGUCCAACUAUGUAAAAUUUGUAAGUGAUUUGGAAAAGAAAGUUAGCUGUUUUGACAAAAUCUGCCUUUCAUUUGGCGUGUGAUGAUCUAAAAUUAGGAACAUUUAAAAAAAUAUUAUAUACUGGCUUCAAAGUAGUGGCAAAAUUAAGUGAAGGCUCAUGGAUUUAAAAUGUAUGAGUAUCAUUUUGAUUGACAGGAGAGUUGUAACGUGCUUUGAGUUGAACUUUCCUUGAAUAUCUACAUAUUUAUAAUAUCCAUUGAAGGUGCACACAAACCUUCAAACAGAUUUAAUUUUGUUCCAGUAAACUACAAGUUUCUAGUUUCCUACAAGUUAUAAACGCAGGUAAUGAUCACUCCUAUCCUUUCUGUUAGUAAUGUACAUGAAAGAUCUGACUGAUUUAGUCAGUAAACUAAAUAAAUCUCUAAGUCACAGACAAUUCACCUAGCUUACCAGUGCAAUGCAUGGUAACAGUCGAAAAUAGUCUGGAGUCCAACCAGAGCUUCUCUUAUAAUUUGUUUACCUCUUCUAAAAUGUGCAAACAUCAAAUGGCCUCAGUGAGGCACAACAACAGCUGCAGCAGCAGGAUCUAUGCCAUAGUUUGAGAGGGAAAAAUGAAAUCUAAAACAUGGUCUAACAUUUGUUUAAGUCAUCUACUGACCACUGUUAUUGAAGGAUGCAACUUGUUCAUUCUAAAAGAGAACUUUACUGACUGAAGUAUGCUAUAUGUUUGUACCCUUGUAUUUUGUUUCUGACACUUGCUGGACUUGAUACUUCACUAGUGUCAUUUAUGAAUAUUUUCCUUUAGAUCAAUUCCAUCAUAGCUUUUUAGUAUUUGGCAGUGAAUGUUGAGAAAUAGUGUUUGCUUUUUGUAGUUUCUACAUAUGAUUGUCCUGAAAUGGAGCAGAAAAAAUGUCUUACUUUGUCCAAACUGUAAAGAAUCUGUUCAGUCAUCAGUACAUUCCUAUAAAGUUGUCUACAUCCAUUCCAGUUCUGCUAAAACAGCUGUGCUGAAGUUGCAGCUUUGAGUUGGCUGUCAAUAAAACAUUUAUCUUGUUAAUGUUCUACAAACAACAGUAUUUCCUAUUUCCCUCAGUACUGGAGGAUCCAAGCUAAUACCACCUAACUGGGCUUUGGUAAACAAAACUAGUUACAACUUUGUACACAAUAUUGUACUUUUUUUUAACUUGUAUACUGUUUUCCUUCAAAAAAUGAACAAAUAAAACAGAUACAAAC